AUACCGCCAAUGACGCAUACUUGCUUAUUCUCGCUCUUUCAUUUAUUGCACGCAUAUACACGUAUAUUUUUCUCUUGCGCAUAAUUUUCUCUAUACGUAUAGUGAAGAUAACUAAAUUUUUUACGACAAAGAACAACCAUUGUUCAAAGAACAACAAGAAUGAGCGUGUAAUAUAUCCUCUAUAAAAUACACACGCGCGCACGCAGGCACGCACAUAUGCAUACAUAGAUAUGGUAGACGUCAAUGAAUAUCUAAAAUAAUCGACUAAAUUAAAACUGCUAGAAACAAUCAAUGACCGUAUAGAUAUGUCGCAAGCGUGGCGUUGCAUCCGGUUAAGCGAUUCAAUUCAUAUUUAUGUUAUUGAUUGAUUACAUGCAUACCGUAUCUAUACAUGGAAGCGAGAUGAAAAUCUAUACUUUCAAAACAAAACAGAUUCCCCUAUCCUAUCGCUUUUAACCUACCACAUUUAACGACUUUAUGCAAAAUGUAAAAAAAUUUCAAGUAAAUCUAUCUCGAUGCCCACUAGCAACAAUAGAAGAAAUAAGGAACAUAUAACGACACAUAGAGAAGAAAAGAGCAAGAGGAAAUAAAAAAAAUAGGAUAACAGUUUGCAUGUUGGAUCAAAUAUAGAAAUUGUAAUUGUACGUCAGGUAUGAUCAAUAUGUAAGAAAGGAGAAUUAUUCAAAGCUAUUUGCAUAGAAUUGUUUAGAAUGAAACUACAAAAAGGAUAAUUAAUAUUAUAUAUCGUGUUAUACAUGUACGUAUAGCAGUACGUGUAUAUAUAUAUAUAUAUAUAUGUAUAUAAUAUAUGUACGUGUGUGUGUAUAUAUGCGUGUAUGUGUGAAUGUAUUGUUCGUAGAAAAAAGAAACAUGGAAAAAAACGACGAUUCGCCCGAAGACGUUAAACGGGCCACUUCGAUCGAGCGUGAAAUAAAGAGAGGACAAAAGGAUGAUACGUUCGAAGGUUAUCCACGAAUAGUGGAAAAGAAGAAAAGAUGGGAGCACUGUGAUAAACCACCUUUAAAGAGAACUAAGCAUACAGAGAGGUCGAACGACGAUUGCUGUCGAAAACAGAGAGGCAGGAAGAAAAAGACGGCAAAAUUUACAAUGGUUUCGGUAUUUGGAGAGCCUUGUACAUUUGCAAAAUUAGACACCAUACCUAGACACUGUUUAACAAAACAAGAUUAUAUCAAUAUGUUAGCGACUGCAAGUCGGAAAUGCCCGCCAGAUCAGAAGGAGAGGGUGCUUAGGAAACUAAGACCAGUGUCACCGCGAAUCAAAGAAUUGGCACAACCGACGAGACAACGAAUGCUAAUAACUUUACAACAAGGCGCGUCAAUAUUACCGCCGGCUCUCGUGGAUAAUCUCGUUCGAACCGUGGAGAACGAAACUUGUUUAACUCCUGAACAAGCUGCAAAAAUCUCGCGUAAAAAGAAGUCUGGCGGAAAGAAGAGGAAAGGAGGAAUGGAGAAAUGGCAAUAUAAAGAGGCAAACAAAUUAAAGAAAUCGAGCGUUGGUAUGGCAACCGCAGGAUUUUUCGACAAAGAUUCAAUAUCCUGUCAAUAUCUUAUGGCCGAGCGUUUUGUCCGAAGUAUCUUAAAAUCGAAAUGCUCGUAUCCGAAGUCGGAGUUGAACGAUGUCGCGGAAGUGAUAAUCAGGCGUCUGACAGACGUUCUCGAAUACAGCCCUCCGCAAGACGAAGAUCGUAAAUCGCAACAAGUGCGUUAUCUGGCCGAUGUAAUAGCCUGUUGGAUAACCGGAGUGCUGUCCGAGGUGGCGCAAUACCAAGAGGAGAAACUUGUAGAACGAUGUCGAAGGAAAGAAGAGGAAAUGAGAAUAGACGAGGAGGAGGAGGAGGAGGAGGAGGAGGGCGACGACGACGACGAGGAGGACGAGGAGAAAGAUAAGGACGAGGACCUAAAGAAAUACGAGGAAGACGAUGAAGACCGUGAAUCAGACCUGGAUUGGGAAGAGGAUGCGAGAACGAUGGACGAGGAAACGGAAACAAAAGAAAUCGAGCCUCGAACGGAAGAUUCGGAAGUAGCGGAAAUAGAAUUGCCAGUGGAUAUGGAAACGGAAACUCAAGUGGAACCAGCAGCACAAGUGGAGACCGAGAUACAAACGGAACCGAAGGCUCGAGUCGAAGCGGAGAUAGAAGCGGAUAUGGAAGGAGCGGAUAUGGAAACAGAAGCGGCAAAAGAAUUAGAAGCAGGAUCAGGAUUAGAAGAAAUACCAGAAAUCAAAUCAGAGGCAGAACCAGAACUAGAACCAGAACCGGUAGCAGAAACGGAAGCAGAACCGGUACCAAAAACAGAACCAGAACCAGAACCAGAACCAGAGCUGGUACCGAAAACAGAACCAGAUUCAGAACCAGAAUCAGAAUCAGAAGCAAAAGCAGAAGCAGAAGCAGAAGCAGAAGCAGAAGCAGAAACAAAACGAGAGCCAGAAUCAGAAUCGGAACCAGUAGCAGAGUCAGUAGCAGGGCUAGAACCAGAAGCAAAAUUAGAAGUAAAAUCGGAACCAGAGCCAGAAGCAGAACUAAAACUAGAAUCAGUAUCAGAAGCAGAAAAAGUGGCGGUAGUAGAGCCAAAAUCGGAACUAGAAACAGAGAUAGAAGGCAAAGUAGAAGCAAAAGCGGAAGAAGCUCGAGUCGAAGACAAGAAAGUAGAAGAACCGUUGGACGAAACGAGAGUGGAAGUAUCGCCGGUUGAGAUGGAAUUACCCAAACAUAUAGACGUUAUCGAGGGUUUGGAAGAAUUGUUUAAAACCGAUCUGCCUUUCCUUACGUUCGACAAGAUUAUCGAUACUAUCUACAAGAUGAUCGAAAGCAUGCCAGAAAAUACGGGCGAUGAUCCGAUAACAAAUGGCAUACAUCGUGCAAUUUACGAAAAGUUGAGUGGCAUAGUAAGGUUGGAAAACCCGGAUCUAUUGACGGAAGAAUUGAAGACUAUUAUGAACAUAGUAUGCGGAAAGAUGGCAAAUUGGUUAAGAUCGAUACUAAGUAAAUCGCAGAUGGCGUUCAUGGAACGAUACAUGCCAGAAGUAGAGUCUAAAGAAAUUAGAGAUUGGACUAGAUGGCUCGAGUACAUCAGUGACGUGGCCAAAGAUUGGAAUAUAUGGUUACGGACCGUAAUCGAGAAGUUGUUGGAGAUGGAAAGUGAGAAGAUCACUCGCGGAGAAUGGCAGGAUUGGACAAAAUCUUUCGAUACCAAGGCUCUGCUUUGGAGACGAUUUCACCUACAAACUAUGCACCAAGCAGAUCGUAACGUUACGAUGUUGAUUGGUCGACGCGUCGUUAAAACAGGAACAAAGGGCAUGAUUCCCGAUACUUCCGAGCGAUUAAUCAACACCACUGACUUGCACGUUUGAAAAAUAUCACGCGUACACGCGUAUCAGUUUUAUCGUUCUUCUGCAAUUUAUUUGCUUUACUGAUCAUUUACUACGCACUUUAUUUCAUUUACUAUUAUUUUAUAACUAAUACAGCAGCUAACUAGUACAACUGAGCACACUCGGUUACAUAUGUAUAAAAGCGCAGAGAAUAUGUAAACGUAGACUUUAAGAUACUCGCUCGAUCGGAACUCGCUCGUUCGAAGCUUGCGAACGUUUAACCCGCUCGAAAUCGAUAUAACGCGUAAACGCAACGUCCAAACGAAGCGGCAACGACGACGAAAAUAAAGAGAAGCGGAAAAACGAAAAACGAAGACAACAAAAUAUAGAAGAAACUCGUGCAACUUGUAAACGACAAAAUAAAGAGAGUCUGAAACCACGAUAGACAAAUUACGAUCGGAUUAUUCGUAUUAGGUAUUUAGGCGAACAUCGUUGUCGAUGGACGUAUUAUUGGAUAUAUUGUUUGAUAGGUUCAAGUAAUACGCAAUACGAGUAGGCAAGGAGAAACGCAGAGGCAAAUUAUCCACGCUGGCAUUCCACUUUUUCGAUCGGCAGUAUUUGCUACACAAGAAUGUGCCAAAGCGAAGUGUGUCAAAGAAAAAAUUAACCGUUCCCCCGCCUUGGCAAAGAAAAGGUGGAAGCACGACUUUCUUCCGGAACGGCUUAACGCUGACAUUGCUCAUCGUGCGCCGGCCGUCUAUGUCGAUACAUUUACAAUCUAUACGUUGAAACCACAUACUUGCGCAUACUUGCGCACACUUACUAUACGUAUAUAUCAAACACGUCUCGUUGUCGAUCGCUUGAAUUCGCAUCCACAUGCUUAUCUAGGUCUGCGCCCGCGCAAACCCCGCAACGCUUCCUACUACCAUCGACCGUGCCACGAUAUCGUCUCCUCUCGCUUCCUCCUUUUUCCUUCGGCU